UCCCGGUCAAACUCUUUCCUUCUCCCCUUGACCAACUUUGCCCUUCCGUCUUACAGAGUUCCCUCCUACAUACGCAUCCCUCCAAAAAUAGCCCAUUGUAAACAACCCCAUUGCAGGAAUGCUUCAUCUGAGGAACAUCGGCUCCCGAGCCGCCAGGCGCGCCACUGCAUUCGGAGCAGCAACUCCACCCCGCAUCAGGGCCUCCUUUCCUUCCGGUCCUGCAAGGCAUCUCUCCGCAUCCGUUGCUUCCCAGUCCCGGCAGUUGAAUGUGAAGAUCGCCACGGACGGUAUUCAAGUUGAUGAUCUGGCCGACGGUUCCCCUGCCCGUAGAUCGACGCUCCCGCACUUUUGGUUAAGAGACAAUUGCCGUUGCAGACAGUGCGUGAAUCAAGACACAUCGCAAAGAAACUUCGACACAUAUUCCAUCAGUGAAGAUGUUCGUCCUUCCGACAUCAAGUCGGAAAAAGAAGGGAUCCGUGUGACUUGGAAGCAAGACGGUCACAAGAGUUUCUAUCCUUGGCACUUCGUCAAGCAUUACCUGCAGAAUGACCACCGCAGCCCGGAGCAAGUAAACUACCACUUUUGGGGCUCCGAUAUUGGCAGCAGACGCCCCGUCGUCGACUACAACCACCUCAUGGCCUCGGAGGAUGAAUCGGGCAUCGCCAAGUUGACCAAUCUCAUCCGCGAGUAUGGCUUUGCUUUUGUCGAUGGGACUCCCUUCGAGACCCCCGAGCCGACCCAGCGUGUUUUGGAAAAGAUCGCCUUCAUCCGUGAGACGCACUACGGUGGCUUCUACGACUUCAUCCCCGACCUCGCCAUGGCCGACACUGCCUACACCAACAUCGCCCUCCCGGCCCACACGGACACUACCUACUUCACGGACCCGGCCGGCCUGCAGGCCUUCCAUAUGCUCUCCCACGAGGCCCCGCCGGGGCAGGAGCCGCCCAAAGACGGCAAGCUGGGAGGAGAGUCGCUGCUCGUCGACGCCUUCCACGCCGCCCGCAUCUUACUGAAAGAGGACCCCAAGGCGUAUGCCAUAUUGUCGAAGGUGCGCCUGCCAUGGCACGCAAGCGGCAACAAAGGCAUCACAAUCUCCCCCGACAGGCGUUACCCCGUGCUCGAGGUCGACCAGGAAACGGGCCAGCUGCAACGGGUGCGGUGGAACAACGACGAUCGUGGGGUUGUGCCCUUCACCGAGGACGUUUCCCCAACCGAGUGGUAUGCGGCAGCCCGCAAGUGGGAUGCCAUCCUCCGGCGGCGUGACGUCGAGUACUGGGUACAGUUGAAGCCUGGUCAAGUUUUGAUUUUUGACAACUGGCGAGUGAUGCACGGCCGAAGUGCUUUCGAGGGGAGAAGACGCAUUGCCGGUGCCUAUAUCAACCGAGAUGAUUUCAUCUCUCGCUGGAGAAACACAAACUUCCCCCGCGAGCAUGUCCUAAACCAGGUUGUGGGCUGAAGAGGAAGGAAAAGACGAGAAGGCGAAGAAGAAGUAUAGGAAAGCAUGACGAGGCGCAUGAGGUAUUGAGUUUUCGCAGAAAGUUGUGUCUGGCGCAUAGCGUGGAAGAGGGUGCAAUGUUACAAAACGAAGGCGGGAAAACAUUGUGUAUUGAAUCGCGCCGUCGUGUUGGCUGGGCUGUCUCUUCUCUGGCGGGACUUGUGCGUGUGUGUGCCUGCAUUCCCCUGUAUCUAAGCGGCUGUAAGUUGAAGCGCGCCAGUCGAGUCGAGGCGGAGAUCGCCCUAAACCCCGGAUGGCCCCGCGAUUCAGGUUUCCCCAGGUCCCUGGCACACUGAGCAUUCCGUGAUAAAAUGUCGUUUCGCAUGUUGGAUAUGGCCCGAUCUGGAGUAAUACCACCCGAG